UUUAGUUAAAUAUUUUGUUAUUUUAGAUGAUUGAGCAGGUGACCGGAGCAGGGGCUUUGCCCUUUACCGUCCAGCUCAAAGCUCUUCUGGACCAAGAAGCCAAAUAUCAGCCCAAACUCUGUGGACUCCGAAUCAUCGAGUCCGCUCCGGAGAACGGUCUGAGAAUGACGGUCAAGCUGCGAGACUUUCAAGUCCGAGACCUUCUCUCCUUGACGCGGUUCUUCGGCUUCAGUUCGGAGACGUUCUCCCUCGCUGCGAGUCUUCUAGACCGGUUCCUGGCUGUGAUGAAGAUUCAGCCCAAGCAUCUGGCCUGUGUGGGUCUCUGCUGCUUCUACAUUGCCGUGAAGACGUCCGAAGAGGAGAAGAGCGUUCCUUUGGCCAGU